AUGCUUCUUAGGAAAUUAUCCUUCAUUAUUUUAUUGAUAUCGCUUGGAUCAAUCUAUACGCAAUCCAUUGAUGAGGAAGAAAGUGUUCACCUCGGUGGCAAGGAAGGAAGUGGCAAUGGUAUUACCGAUGAUGAAGAUAUGGAGGGCUCAUCCCUUCCGCCGGAUUCCUUUUAUGCAACCACACCACAAGUGAGACCGAAAUUCCCAUCAUCAACAACCAUUCGUAUCCAGACGUCUCAGAUGAUUGUAACCCAAACCAGCUCCACUACCGAGAGAAUCAUGACGUCAUCAUCUCAUGAGCCCACUACCACCACUGACUCUCGUCCAAACGUACCAUUCAAUUCCUUUUCAUUGUUUGGAGUUCGCGGAAUUUUCAUUAUCCUCGGAACUAUUUUGCUGUUCCUUGUGAUUUUGAUCCUCUUCAUUUUGUGCUUCAAAGCUAGAAACAACAAGAAGCAAGCCUACAGACCUGGCCAGAGAGAAAGCCCUGAUGCUUUGCUGAAAGAAUGA